CGAAAUUGUGCAAAUUUGAUCAAAAUGAUAAAAAUGAAAGGUCAGAUAUAAUUGAACCAGGCUUUUCUCAGAUUUAGUACAUUAAUGACAAUUCCUUAAAAAAAAAGAAAUUUGAAGCGAUAUAUUAUAUUUGAUUCAGAACUUUAAGCUUCGAUUAAUAUCUAACAAUAGAUAUUAAUAAUAAAAUGUUUCUUUGUUUUGAUUUUCAAUAUAUAUAUAUGUAUUGAUUCGAUAAACUAUUGCGAGUAGAAAAAGGAGAAAAAGAAUGAUUAAUUUAUGAUUGGUUUAUACGAAACGUAUUAGAAAAAUAUAAACUUUCGUCAUUGUUCACAUAGAAAAAAAGGAAUAAUUACCGCAUAUAAAUCGAAUUAUAAAAACAAAAACUCUAAACAAAUUUUAAGAAGUUGAUAUAAUUUUAGAUAUACGCUAAUCAUAGUUUUUUAUUAUCUUUCCCUCUUAUUUGUUAGUACCUUCGUAAAUGUUUAUAUUAUUAAUUUAUUCUGUGACAGAUACAAAUAAAUUUAGUUUAACGCAGUUAGUAUGAUUUUCGAUAUGAUAGAAUGAAUAACAUUUUUGUUUCAUCUACUUUAGGGAUAAUAAUAAAUGAAAAUCAUCGUAUUAAUAUUAAAUUUCUAUCAAUUACUGGUGAUUCACCAGCCUUAAGUAAAAUACUUAAUUUUAUUGGACAUGGUGGUUAUUAUUGUUGCAAUUUCUGUUAUGUACGUGGUAUUGAUAUUGGAAGAAAAAGGCAAUACUUUUACGGAAAAAAAAUAUUUCUUCGUCAUAUGGAGAAAUAUUACAAACAAUCAAAGCAAGCUGAAACAACAAAAGAAAAUAUUUACGGACAUAAAGGAAUUUCAAUUCUACAAGAUAUACUGGACAUACCAUUACCACAUGCAAUAUUAAUUGAUUAUCAACAUGUCACUUUGUUAAGACAUACAAAAACUGUUUUGAGGGCAAUUUAUAAACAACUUAAACCAUCAGAUCGUGAACGAUUUGAUAAUAAAUUAAAGUACCAAUCAUUUCCACAUUUCUUCAAUCGUCAAAUGAAACCAUUUAAAGAGUUUCGUUUUAUACAAGCAGUAGAAUUACGAAACAUUCUAUUCUAUGGAUUUUUACCAUUAUCAUUUGAAUUUAUUGAUAAUCAACAACUUGCUCAUUUUGCUUUAUUUAUUUGUUCAAUUAGAUUGUAUCAUUCACAGCCUCCAAUGUUUGGUGAUAAAACACAAGCAAUAGCUGAUAAAUUAUUUGAACAAUAUUAUAAAGAUCAUGGAAUAUUUUAUAGUGAUAUUCAAAAUUAUGUGCUUCAUAUGCAUCAUCAUUUUGGUACACAAUACCAGAAUUAUGGUUCGUUAGCGAAUAUUGGUUGUUUCUAUCAAGAAGAUCUAAUAGGUCAUAUAAGUAAAAAUAUUCACGGUUCGAAUUACUAUUCUGAUCUUGUAGUGCAUUAUUAUUCUAUUGAUUUUGAUUUACACGCACAAAUUUCCCAUACAAAAUACAAAACAAUUUCAAAACCAAUAGACCUCAAUGUUAAUAUUAUUAUUAAUGAUUAUCCCACUAUUAUACAACACCAUGAUAAAAUAUGUACAUGUUUAAAUCAUUUGACUUGUAUCUCUAUUUAUCGACGAUGUGUUAUACGUAACUAUAUAUUUCAUUCAUUAAUUUAUAAUAAACGAGGAAAAUCAAAUAGUUAUUUUAUAUCGUAUAGUAAAUCAGCAAAUGAUUAUAUUAAAUAUUUCGGAAGAAUUAUAUUAUUUUUUUCAUGUAUCAACAGAAAUUAUGCUGUCGUUCAACGUUAUACACAAAAUCAAAAUUUCAGCUAUUUAUUUAAAACAUCACCAUAUUUUUCUUUAUUAGAAAAACCAUUAGAUAAUUGUUUUAGUCUAUUGUCGAAAGAACCAUCUGAUUUAUUUGAUAUUAUUAAUAUUAAUCAUGUUAUAAAACAUUGUAUUACAUUUGAGUUUCAACAACAAUUAAUUGUAACAGAAGUUUCUGCAUACCACGAACACGAUUAA